AUGGAGGCAUGGGAGGUUCCCACUUCUUUAGGACCCACAGAAGCCAAAGAGAACGCCUCGUCGCCAAUAGUUAACAUGUCUUGUGAGAAUCUGGAAUGCUACAUGGUCCUUAUGAAGGCAGAAAGGACAGCCAUCGGCUCCAUCUGUUUCCUGGCAGGUCCUGUCACACUGCUGGAAAACGCUCUUGUGUUGGGAGUGAUCGCUGCCACAGCCACCCUGCGGCAACGGCCUUCAUAUCUGUUCAUUGGCAGCCUUGCUCUGGCUGAUAUCUUUGCCAGCUGCUUCUUCACCACCAGCUUCCUGGACUUUCACCUCUUUCGCCACAGUGACGGCCCCACGGCCUACCUCUUUAAAUUAGGUGGUGUCACCAUGGCCUUCAGUAGCUCAGUGGGGAGUUUACUGCUGACUGCUUUGGACCGCUACCUCUGCAUUCAAAAAGCCUCCAGCUAUAAGGCAGUGCUGACCCGUCGGCGAGCCCUGUUGAGCCUGCUGGUCCUCUGGAGCGCCACCAUCUUCAUCUCUUUCUUGCCUCUGAUGGGCUGGAGGUGUCCCACAGGGCUUACUCCACCCUGUUCACGCCUCUUUCCAUACAUCAACCAGGGUUAUCUGGCCUGCUGGACCAGCUUCAUCCUGGUGCUUCUGGCUCUCAUUUUGGGGGCUUACGUUCUCAUCCUGUGGAAGGCUCACCAACAUGAGUCCUCCAUGACGAAUCUCCAGGGAGCAGCAGGUAGAGGCCAGGCCCGCAUGAGGAUGGAUAUCAGGUUAGCACGUACCUUUGGUCUGAUCCUACUCAUUCUAGUGGGCUGCUGGCUUCCUGUACUCUCCUUCAUGAUAGCUGAUGUCUCUGUGAUCCUGACCCACACCCAACAGAGAGCCUUCGCCUUUUGCAGCACCCUCUGCCUGGUCAACUCUGCAGUCAACCCACUGCUGUAUGCACUGCGCUGUCGAGAGCUAAGAGUCGCUCUACUGCAGUUGCUACAGAAGCUGUGUGAGGUUGGGAGGUGUAAAAGAGCUGCAGAAAGCAUACCACCAGGGUUACCCUCUGCAGAAGAGUCCAGGAACAGAACCACCCGACUUAACUCGAUCUCAGAAGGGGUGAACAAUCAGCAGCUGGACAUCAGAAAAUGAGUUAAGGAGUAGCUGUAGAGAUAGAGAGGUGUCUGUGUUUAUGGCAGCGUGCUGGGGUGUAAAAAAAAUCACUCACAACUUCACUGUAGAUUCAGAUUAAUAUCUAAAAUAUCUGUGAGCAGGAUUCAUUCAUCAUUUACCAUCCAUAGAGUUUACUGUAGUAAAGACUAUUAAACUUAACUAAAAUAACCGGUGAUAUCAUAAAUGUAAUAAUGUGGCAAACAUGCUACAAAUUUUGUUUUACUUGCAGUUACAACAUACACGGAAAAGACAACUUGUAAGAAGAAACCAUUAACCUUGGCAAAUAUUUUGUCGCCAUUAGCUUUUAAUUUAAUUAUAUAAGUAGGGUAGGAUUUAAAAAAUAUUGCUAUCUACAGCUAGGAGUGUUUUUGCAUUUUGUGAUGAGUGGAAGAACUACACUAGUAACAG